AUGAAGUCCUACGUCCAUAUCCUGUUGACGGCAGCUGGAGUUGCGGCUUACCCGGCGCCGCCAGGCUCCUGGACAGCUACAAUUGCAAGCCAGCCCGGCUCUGUCACGAAGUUGCCGGCCGAGUUGGAGGGCGCCAGUAUCCAGGCCAAUGGCGGUUCUUUCUGGGUUGGCAAAGCGCCAUCGUCCUCGUGUCCACAGCAAGAUAUAGGGACAUACUGCGAUAACUUUCCCGGAAACGCAACUGUCUUUGUUGGCGCCAACAGCGUCACGUCCACGAGCUCUGUCUACUUGAACGUGGGAGCACCCGGUCAACAACAAGUCUACAUCACUUGGGAUAAUGCCUUGGCUUACAACUCGCCUGAUUCCACUUGUUCCCCCGAAGGCAUCAUCACUGCAAGCUUUGGGCGCGACAAACCCAAGAAUGGAACUUCCUUCUUGUUUACUGAGACUGGUGAUUUUGAAGCCUGUCCGGGCGGCGAGGACGGCGUCUAUUCGCUAUAUGUACAUACAGAGCAGUCGAAACAGGAAGGGUGCACUAGGGUCGUGGUAUACACAACAGCCGCCAGCGGCGCUAUGGCGUGGCAGUAUUAA